AUGGGUGACGAGGAGGUUCCCAGCACGGCGUGUCCUGGCACCGUGACUACAGGCCAGGCUGUCCCCAGCACCAAUGCAUCCCGAGCACAUGGCGCACCUGGAAGUGGCCGGGUCCCGACCCACACGGUCCUGCAAACAGAUGGCGGUGCGCAUGGACGCAGUGGCCCCUUCAGGAGACAGCAAGAGUGUAGGGUGUUGUGGAUUUCAUGUUUGCUGAUUGGAAGCAUCACCUGCCUGCCUGUUCAAGAUCCCGGAUCCGACUCGAAACUCGUGUGGCCGCAGUACCAGACUCCAUGGUACCAGGGAACUGGGGGUUCUGACCAGGGCUCUGACCAGUCCGGUGGUACUGGAGGUUACGUGGGCGGCGACUGGUUUCACAGCGGCCAUGCAGGCGGCUCCCAGGGUUCGACCGGAGCUUCUGGAGACGGUGGAGACGAGCCGUUCUUCAGCGACACGUCCGACCUGGAUAAAGUCUACGCCUUCAGCUCUCGGUCGCGCUACCAGCGGGGAAGAGCCAUGUUCGCUCAGACCCGCUACACCCCGACGGAGCCCCUCUACCCCUCAGUGCCAAUAUUCAAAUAUCCCGGAGACCAUAAAGCUCCAGUUAAAGGCGUCUUCUGA